UGGUGGCAACUUUACCCAGGUCCAAGAUGACUGUGGCCAUCGGGAGAAAAUAUCCAAGGCAUUCUGCCCAGAAACGGACUGGCAAGAUCAUCUGGCGUACAAUCAAAAGGCUUUUGAUUUCUCAUAACUGAAUCCGGGAAACAACAGUAGCACCGGCACCUUCAUCAAGAGGCUCGAAACAACUGGUCUCUCUCUGCGCGCGAGCACAACCCCAGAGAGCAGAAGAGAGGGAGCGGGGCGCGAGGCAUGCGGUUACAGAGGACGCGGUUUCCCCCCGGAGAGCCAUGGAGAACGGGGAUGCGGCAGCGCAAGGCUUAAUCUUAAACACCCUAAUUGGAUCGGAAUAGCACACCGACGGGGUAGGGCGGGAGAGGGGAGCGCCCAGGACCGAAGGCGGAACGGCAGCCCCACCGCUACCGAGGAUAAAUAACCCGAGUCCAUCUCCCCAAGUCAAUGAGUAGAGUGGCAGAGGAGCCCCCGCGGUGGAGUCAGCCAGAGCUGCGCUUUUCCUAAAAUAUGACCAGGGGUGCUUGGAUGUGUCGGCAGCAAGAUGACGGUUUAAAAAUCUGGUUUGCACCCCGAGAGAACGAGAAGCCAUUUACCGAGUCAGAGCGGGCCCAGAGAUGGCGCCUGUCGCUGGCCUCUCUUCUCUUCAUCACGGUCCUGCUCUCUGAUCACUUGUGGUUCUGCGCCGAGGGCAAACUGACACGAACCCGAGACAAGUGGCAGGAUAAGCAGCUCGCCUUUACAGACAUGGCCGAGUACCUAAACUCGACUCACCACCACCACAUCCCCUCCUCUGACUCCCGUUCCCCCCACAGCCCCGUAAUCAGAGAGCUAGAUGUUAUUUUUAUAGGGAAUUCUACCAAACCUCUAUGGCAACUGGACAUAUGUCACCCGGACAGCCUGUCUAAAGACUGCUUCACUUUCACGGACGCAGAGCCCGUGUGCCUUGGCCUCUCCGGGGGCGGGGAGGAGGGUACGCAUUCGGCGGGCGUGAAUCUGAGCGAUUUGUAUCUUUCUUUUUGUAAUUCCUACUCUCUUUUGGAUUUGUUUAGCGGGUUUACGAGUCCGGACAAUAUAAACUGCAGCCUGGAUGUAGCUGAGGGAGACACGCUGGGAUGCAGCAAGUGUGUUCGUGCUUACCAGCGCUUUGACCGGCAAGCUCAGGAGGACUAUCAGGAGUUUGAGCUGCUGGUUGAGAAAUAUGAGACGGAUGAAUACUCGGUCAGGACAUGUAUGGAAGAAUGCAAGAUGGUAUAUAAGCCCUGGCUGUGCUCGCAGUACUUCCAGACCACCCAGAUCCACUGCAGUAAGAGGAUCCCGUGUGCCCAGUACUGUCUGGAGGUACAGCAGAGGUGUCCCUUUAUCCUGCCUGACAACGACGAUCUCAUCUAUGGAGGAAGUCCCAGUUUUAUAUGCACAGGGCUGUUGGAGGAGUACCCUGGGGGUGUAGAGGCAGAGUGCUGUGAUGUCCGGUGGGACUUCCAGAUGGAAGCAGACAACAACCGUUCUCGGGGGACCCUCAAAAGAACUCACCCAUCCUGUCACCACCGAACCUCUCUCAGUUCCUCGGCCGCGUGCAGACUGUGCAACAGCCGGCUCAAACUCUGCCUGCUCGUCCUUGUUCUCCUGCACACUGUUGCCUCCCUCACCGCAUCCCACAAUGCAACGGGAGUGGGCUUGGGUCUUCCUGCCUCCCUCGCCCCUCUGGAGGAGAGUUCCCCCACCAACGAGGAGUGA